AUGUCUAUGCUACCCGCAGAGAUCACGGCCGAGCUUGGCCAGCUCCUGCAGGCUCUUCAGUCGUCGGACAACUCUGUUCGCUCGCAGGCCGAGGACCAUCUGCUCAAUAACUGGACGCUCACACGCCCAGAGGUUCUGCUCAUGGGAUUGGUAGAGCAGAUCGGUGGGCAAGGAGAUGCAUCAAUACGCACGUUUGCUGCCCUCAUAUUCCGGAGAAUUGCUUCCAAGACGCGCAAAAACGACAAGGGCGAGAACGUCGACCUGUUCACAUCUCUCUCAAACGACCAGGCAGCCAUCAUCCGCCAGAAGCUCCUCGAGACUCUCGCUGCCGAAACCGACCGGCCCGUGAGGAACAAGAUCAGCGAUGCUGUCGCCGAGAUCGCGAGACAAUAUUACGAGAAUGAUAACACCUGGGCCGAGCUUCUCGGCGUUCUGUUCGAGCUCAGCAUUGCGCCUGAUGCUGGCAAGAGGGAAACUGCCUUCCGGGUCUUCACAACGACCCCUGGCAUCAUUGAGAAACAGCACGAAGACGCUGUCGCUCAGGCCUUUGCGCGCGGCUUUAAGGACGACUCCGUCGCGGUCCGCCUGGCUGCUAUGGAAGCCUUCGCAGCCUUCUUCCGAUGCCUUAACAAGAGGAAUCAGACCAAGUAUUUUGCCUUGCUUCCCGAGGUCCUGAACAUCUUGCCCCCAAUCAAGGACAGCCACGACUCGAUAGAUCUGAGCAAGGCGCUCGUAGCCUUGAUCGAUCUCGCCGAGACAUCGCCCAAGAUGUUCAAGACAUUGUUCCAUAACCUCGUUCAAUUCAGCAUCUCGGUCAUCCAAGACAAGGAGCUCACCGACCUCUGCCGCCAAAACGCCCUCGAGCUUAUGGCCACUUUCGCCGACUAUGCACCCUCGAUGUGCAAGAAGGAUCCUUCAUAUGUCAACGACAUGAUCACACAGUGUCUCAGCUUGAUGACAGACCUGGGAGAGGAUGAUGACGAUGCCGCCGAGUGGCUGGACUCUGACGAUCUCGACCAGGAGGAAAGCGACCUCAACCAUGUAGCUGGUGAGCAAUGCAUGGACCGGUUGGCGAACAAACUUGGCGGCGCAACCAUCCUGGCUCCUAUUUUUGCCUGGCUCCCCAGGAUGAUGACAUCGACAGCCUGGCGGGAUCGACACGCAGCCCUGAUGGCCAUUUCUGCCAUCUCCGAAGGCUGUCGUGAUCUUAUGGUGGGCGAGCUCCAGCAGGUCUUGGAUCUCGUCGUCCCCGCGCUCAAGGAUCCGCAUCCCCGUGUCCGCUGGGCUGGCUGCAAUGCCCUGGGCCAGAUGAGCACCGACUUUGCGCCUACCAUGCAGAAGGAACACUACGACACCGUGCUCAAGGCCAUUAUUCCCGUGCUCGACUCCCCUGAGGCCCGUGUCAAGUCGCACGCCGCUGCUGCCCUUGUCAACUUUUGCGAGGAGGCCGAGAAGAGCAUCUUGGAGCCGUACCUGGACGAUCUCUUGUCCCACCUGUUCCAGCUGCUCCAGAACGAGAAGCGCUUCGUGCAAGAACAGGCGCUGUCCACGAUUGCCACGAUUGCGGACGCGGCAGAGCAGGCCUUCGGCAAGUAUUACGACACGCUCAUGCCCCUCCUCGUCAACGUCCUCCAACGAGAGAACGAGAAGGAGUACCGCCUUCUCCGUGCUAAGGCGAUGGAAUGCGCCACCCUGAUCGCUCUCGCUGUUGGCAAGGAACGCCUUGGAUCCGAUGCUAUGACCCUCGUCCAGCUCCUUGCCAACAUCCAGACAAACAUCACCGAAGCUGAUGAUCCCCAGGCGCAGUAUCUGAUGCACUGCUGGGGUCGCAUGUGCCGAGUCAUGGGUGCCGAAUUUCUUCCAUUCCUGCCCAAUGUCAUGCCGCCACUUCUCGAGCUCGCGAGCGCCAAGGCCGACAUCCAGCUGCUCGAUGACGAGGAUCAGGUGGAGAAGAUCCAACAGGAAGAUGGCUGGGAACUUGUGCCGCUGAAGGGCAAGAUGAUCGGGAUUAAGACGAGCACCAUGGACGACAAGCACAUGGCCAUUGAGCUUCUCGUCGUCUAUGCUCAGGUUCUUGAGUCUGCUUUCGCGCCCUACGUUGCCGAGAUCAUGGAGAAGAUUGCCCUACCCGGCCUCGCUUUCUUCUUCCACGACCCUGUUCGCUAUGUAUCCGCCAAGCUCGUGCCCCAGCUUCUCAGCUCGGUCAAGAAGGCGUUUGGAAACAACUCAAACGAGCUGAGGAAUCUCUGGAGCGGUACAUGCGAGAAGCUCCUCGAGGUUCUAAGCGCCGAGCCCGCCAUCGACACCCUGGCUGAGAUGUACCAGUGCUUCUACGAGUCUGUCGAGGUUCUCGGCCAGCCAUGUUUGACGCAGGACCACAUGGACAAGUAUAUGGACAGCGUACAAUCCACCCUAGAGGACUACAAGGAUCGUGUCGCACAGCGUGAGGAGGACAAGCGGAACACUACGGCCGAAGAUGCCGAAGAUGAGGAGGAGGAGCUUCAAAUGGCCAUUGAGGACGACCAGACUCUUCUGUCAGACAUGAACAAGGCCUACCACGUCAUCUUCAAGUAUCACGGUGCCGACUUCCUCAGGGCCUGGGAACGCCUCAUGCCUACCUAUGAGGGGUUCCUGCGUUCUGCCGAGACGACGCAGAGACAGUGGGGACUUUGUAUAAUGGACGACGUCCUCGAGUACUGCGGCGCCAACAGCAUUCACUAUGCCAACUACAUCACGCAGCCGCUCAUCGACGGAUGCAAAGACCCGUCGGCCGCCAUCCGCCAGGCCGCGGCCUAUGGCAUCGGUGUGGCGGCACACAAGGGUGGCCAGCCGUGGGCUCAGUUUGUCAGCGGCGCCCUGCCUUUCCUGUUCCAGGCCGUGCAGAUUCCCAACGCCCGGAAUGAGGAUAAUGUGUAUGCCACCGAGAACGCAUGCGCUGCCAUUGCCAAGAUUCUGCACUACAACGCCGCCAAUGUGGCCAACCUGGACAACGUCAUUGUCCAGUGGGUCGAGACCCUGCCGGUGACCAACGACGAAGAGGCGGCACCGUAUGCUUACGCCUUUGUGGCUGAGCUGAUCAACAAACGCCAUCCUGCAGUUAUGACCCAGGCACCCAAAAUCUUUGUCUACAUCGCCCAGGCGCUAGAAACCGAGUCGUUGUCUGGCCAGGCCGCACGCAAGGUGGUCGAGGCAACACAGACGCUCAUUAGGGAGACGGGAACAGACCCGGCCCCUCUGCUUCAGCAGUUCUCGCCCGAGGCGCAGCAGACCAUACAGCAAUAUUUCGCCUAG